AUGGAGGGUCAAGAAGUGCUUGUUUUACUGUCAGAUUUGGGGUAUUCAUUGUACGUAUUUCUAUCUGUAGCAAAAGUUGAUAUAAGAAUGGCAAUGAGAACAAGAAAAAAUUCAUUGCUCAUUGGAAUUUCAGCCUUAUUACUCCCUCAAAUCAUACAGAAAUUGGCUAAAAGUAUGGUUAUUGAUGACGACUGGGGCUUCACAAACGAACAAAGAGCCUACCUCCCCAUGAUGAUUAGCUUUCAUGCAAUAACUGCAUUUCCUACUGUUGCUUCACUUGUAAAAGAGCUUCAUAUUAUGAACUCAGAAUUGGGGCGUUUAGGCCUUUCCUCUGCCUUGGUCUGUGACAUUUUUGGUUUCUUCCUUUUUACCAUGAAAACCCGGAUCGCACUAUACCAUAUAAACCCUUCAGGCACCACAACUGAAGUGAGUUACCUUAUAAUGCUCAUACUUGUGGCUUUCCUUGUGCUAAGACCUAUAAUGUUUUGGAUCAUCAAACAAACGCCUCAAGGAAUGCCUGUGAAGAGGUUUUACAUUGAAGGGGUUAUUUUUUUAGCUCUUUUAUACGCUGUUUUGGGGACUUUUACAGGUCAUUCUCCCGUUAUGGGGGUUUAUGUUUUAGCGAUGGCUAUUCCUGAAGGAGCUCCUUUAGCAUCAACUCUUGUGGAUAGAAUUGAGUGCCUUGUUGAAAAUGCGUUUAUGCCUAUUUUUGUUGUUACCUGUGCUUUGAGAGCUGAUUUAUCAAAGAUUUCAGCCACUACGUUUGAUGAUCUUCACAAUAAACUCGAAAUAAUUCUGCUUUUUGUGGCCUGUACUGCCAAAUUUUUAGUUUGUGUUUUGUCUUCUAAGUAUUGCAAGUUGCCUUUCAAGGAUGCUUUGGCACUUUCUCUCAUUUUCAGCUGCAAAGGUCCUGUGGAAUUGUUUUCCUACACAGUGUCCAGAGACUACCAUAGGUACAGUAGGGAUCGUCUAAUGAUUAAGGGCAGAUUCGGUCUAGACGAUGAAGGCUUUACUGAAGAUCAUUUAGACGAUGAGGUUGUUUCGAAGUCGACGAUGGUCUACACGAUGGAAGUUAUGGAGGCACACGAUCGAUGGCUAAAUGGUAUACGAUAG